AUGGACAAUCUGCGGAAACACAACGUCUACAAUCUGGUGCCCUUCAGCAGCGUUCCCAACGGAGAGAAGAUCCUCGGAACGAAAUUCGUCUUCAAGAAAAAGCUGGAAGGACGCUUCAAAGCUCGCCUGGUAGUCGGAGGACAUCGUCAAGAGCCAGGACAGGACUACGGACACAGCUACGCACCAGUAUGCCGUAUCGGGAGCAUUCGCAUGACGUGCGCCACUGGCUGCCACAACAACUGGCCCAUCUACCAACUGGACGUUGUCGGUGCCUUCCUGAACGCCCUCUGCGACAGAGAUGUGUACGUCAGACCCGCCCCCGGUACANAUGUGUACGUCAGACCCGCCCCCGGUACAUCCGCCAAGAACUCCGCGACGGGAGAACCCAUGGUGUACAAACUAGAACGGAGCCUCUACGGCCUAUCACAGUCACCGGCACUCUUGAACGACACCCUAGACGAAUCCCUCACGGUGUUCGGAUGGAAAAGGACUCAAUCCGACCCCUGCGUGUACGUGUAUACCAGCGGCAACAUCAUCGUGAUUCUCACGGUCUACGUAGACGACAUUCUCAUCACAGGAGGAGACCAGCAGCUCGUGGACCAGAAGAAGAAGGAGCUCACGGAUCGAUUCGAGAUGACCGACAUGGGAGAGGUAAAGCGGAUCCUCGGGAUCGACGUGCAGCGGGACUACGAGCAAGGAACCCUGGCCAUUUCACAGGAGCACUACGUGAACACACUUCUGGAGCGGUUCGGAAUGCAAGAGGCCAACCCAGUGAGCACUCCUGGAUACGGAGCGGAAAUCUCCACGAAUCAACCUCAGGACCAAAUCCUAGGUCCCACGGACAAUAAAAUCUACCAGUCGAUGACAGGAAGCAUCCUCUACCUGGCCCAGUGCACGCGAUUCGACCUCUCCUACGCCGCCCUACAACUUUCCAAGGCCUGCAGCAACCCAGCGCAGGUGAACAUGACAGCAGCCAAGCACGUUCUGUGAUACCUUCGGGGUGAUACAGUUGUUCCUAUCGUCUACAAGAGAGGACAGUUUCGGCUAGCGACGUUCACGGAUUCAUCCUUCGGAGCAAACCCCGACAACGGAAGAUUUACCACGGGAUAUCUCUUCUUUCUGGCUGGAGGACUCAUCAGCUACGGUGCGAAGACUCAAACUCUAACCGCGCAAAGCACGGUCGAAGCCGAGAUUCAAGCACUUAGCUACUCAGCCAGAGAGGCGGUCUACAUCUCAAAUUUUAUGACGGAACUCAACUUCAAGACCUUCGGAUCGGUUCCCAUCAACAGCGACAGC